CCCACCAUCCCGGUUCUUAUUUAGUUUAAAGGGAGUUAAAAUAAAAGCUGGGAAACAAAUUCCUUUUGGAGGUCCUUCAUUAUAUAAAUGUAUUGAAGUGUCCCCCAUACCGUGGGACAUAUAAAGAUGAAGCCUUCGGAUGUACUGUAAAAGUUACGCGUUUUGAUGUUUCCACUCAGUUGUCCCGCAGUUCCCGCAGGUCGAAGUCAUUUCUGCCACAGUGGAUGCUGCUGCUGCUCUAGCAUUUCACGUUGCUCUAGGACUACUCUAGGGUCCCUUAAUAACUCACCAUUGUAUCGGGGCUUUCAAUGGUUCGAGAAGAAAGGCGUUUCAACGUGUCCAGAUGCAGCUUUACACGCUGAAUGGGUUUAUAGCCAAGCUCCAAAUUCGUCCGUACUCCAAUAUCUGCCGUGGGAUUCAGUUUGAUUCCACGUGUAAAACUGCACGUGGCUUUGGAAGCUAUUUCGUUCCACAAUCAUUAUAAUAAUAAUCUCCUCGAACGGUUUACCUGUUAACUUGCCUGUCUGGACUCUGACUGCAAUCUAUUUGUUCUGCAGUGUUCUCAACGUCCACUUACUCAAGAAAGUCCAAGCCAGUGAACCUUUCGAGAGAAACUUCCCAGCCUAAGCAGCUUCUCCAUAUAGAUUUAUAUCCAUAAACGGCACAGUACUUUCAGAAGCACACGUAAAACCUCUUAACCACGCAGUUGUUUUUUUGCGCUAGAGCAACCUUCUCGAUGAACCGCCCAACUUCAUAUAUCCAUUACGUCAGCCACAGAACAAGAUGCGUGCGUUCGUGCACGCAUCCCAUUCGCCUCGCCACCAUGCAUUCACUACAAAUCCCAAAAGCCUCCGCGAAGUACGCUUGCUCAAUACGCUAAACUGCCUGUUAAAACUACAGCCUGUUGGCUUCUCAGUUGGAUGGGAACUACACUUCCCAGUAGUUUCGCACAUGCGUGUGUAAGGUUUCCAAGCCAUUUAAAUCUUGUUUGCAAAAUGGCUUCGCAGGUCGGUGUGGUUCGCGUAAAAGUGGAAGAAAAGGUGAGAGACAGUCUGGAUAAAACAGCCAAAGAGAAAAAGAAAAAGAAAAAAAGGGAGUGCUCGCCCUCCGCGGAUAAGCGGGAGAGAUCCGAGAAAGAAGCGAAAAAAGUCAAGCUGCAUCACCACCAUCAACAUGUUCAACAACAGCUGCCCCAGCCGCAGUCACAACAACACAUCGCUCAGCCCCGCUACGCCUCGGAGCAAGCACCCCUCCAGCAACAUCACCACCACAGCGCCAAGAAGGAGCCGCUGUUCACCGGAUCCCCGAGGAUGGUGGUAACCCCGCACCAGGAGCACAAGCCUCUGCCGUCCGUGUUGCCGCAGGUGCCCACGGGGCUGUUCACCUUCACUCCGCUCAAACUGGCCAAGGCCAAGAGCCACUGCAAGGAGAAGCACGGCGACAAAGACCCCAGACUCAAACCCAAGAAGGAGAACAGCGAGAGCAACGUGAAGACGGCUCCGAGCAAGAAGAAGAAAGAGGCGCGUGAUGAGAACGGCAAAACGCCGCCAGCAGACGAGUACCUGCUGAAGAAGAUGAAGAAGAAGAAGAAGAAAAAGCACCGGGAGGACGAGCGCGGUAAGCGGCUCAAGAUGUACAACAAGGAGGUCCAGACGGUGUGUGCGGGCCUGACCGGGCUCGCCCCCGAUGCUGAGGUGCCUCAGGGGCUGCCCGACUCCGCCAUCAAGUACCUCAAAGACGAGCGGCUGUGCCAGCCGGGCCUGGGGACGGAUGAGUACCGCACGCCCAACGGGGUGCAGAUCCCCUUCCUCUCGCACCACGACCACUUCAUCCGCAGCACCUGCCUCCAGACCGGCACCAAGUACGGCCGCUUCAUCCAUGAGGAGCGCCAGCCCAACGGGGGCGCCGAGGUCCUCCACGCCUACAUGGACGAGCUGUCCUUCCUGCCGCCGGCCGAGAUGGAGCGCUUCGCCGAGGAGUUCCUGCGCCUCACGUUCAGCGAGAGCGAGAAGAACGCCGCCCGCUAUGCGCUGGCUGUGGUGCACGGCGCCGCGGCCUACCUGCCCGACUUCCUUGACUACUUUGCCUUCAACUUCCCCAGCACGCCGGUCAAAAUAGAGAUCCUGGGAAAGAAGGAUAUUGAGACCACCACUAUCUCCAACUUCCACUCUCAGGUCAACCGCACAUAUUGCUCUGGCACCUACCGGGCCGGUCCGAUGAGACAGAUCAGCCUUGUUGGGGCUGUGGACGAAGAGGUGGGGGACUAUUUCCCAGAGUUCCUCGACAUGCUGGAAGAAUCCCCCUUUCUAAAGAUGACGUUGCCCUGGGGCAGCCUGUCCAGCCUGAAGCUGGACUGCCGCUCUCAGAGUGAUGACGGUCCCAUCAUGUGGGUCAGGCCAGGGGAGCAGAUGGUACCGACGGCAGACAUGCCAAAGUCCCCCUUCAAACGGCGCAGGUCAAUGAACGAGAUCAAGAACCUGCACUACCUGCCUCGGACCAGCGAGCCGCGGGAGGUGCUGUUCGAGGACAGGACACGGGCCCACGCCGACCACGUGGGCCAGAGCUUCGACUGGCAGAGCACAGCGGCGGUGGGAGUGCUGAAGGCCGUGCAGUUUGGAGAAUGGAGUGACCGACCUCGGAUAACCAAAGAUGUGGUCUGCUUCCAUGCUGAAGACUUCAGCGAAGUGGUACAGAGACUUCAGUUAGACCUGUAUGAGCCUCCAGUGUCUCAGUGUGUCCAAUGGGUGGACGAUGCCAAACUGAACCAGCUGCGAAGGGAAGGAAUCCGCUACGCCAGGGUCCAGCUGUGCGACGACGACAUUUACUUCAUCCCACGCAACGUCAUCCACCAGUUUAAAACUGUGUCUGCGGUCUGCAGCCUAGCCUGGCACAUCCGUCUGAAACAGUACCACCCUGAGGCCGAGGGCUCGGCGAGUGCAGAGCGCGACCGGAACUGUUCAGAGUGCAGCGCUCCUAAGGACACGGACGCCAAAGCGCCCAGCUCGGCGCCGCAAUCGGAGCCGGUGGGAGCUGAGGCACAUAGGCAGCCUUUGUCAAACAAGCCCCUGUUUCAGAAGCCAGCGACACCACCCAGAGAGCCCAGGGCGGCCACCCAGUAUGCCAAAAUACCACCACCACCCCCCUCCCACCCGGAGCCAGCCAGAUCCUUGGUCCCACAGACGGACACACUUCCUCAGAGCCCAGGCAGCCUAUCAGGACACUGCAACUCCCAGCCUGACCCAUCCCAUUCUACCCAAUAGCACCAACCUGUUACUGACGUCAGUUGUUUUUUUUAGGGGAAGUGGGUAUUUAAAGAAAAGGCAUUGAUUCUGCAUAAUAAUGACAUACCACAGUGUCAAAAAGAAAUGUGGGACUUUUUAUAUACAAGCUGAUUGUAUACAUUUUUUAAACUAAAUAUAAUGGAUUGUUUUAAAAACAAGGACUUGGAACUACUUGUUUCCAGUUUAUAUAAACAUAGAGACCAUUAAUAUAGAAGUCAGUGAAAUUUCGGUGUUUUAUGUUCAUGGAAAAAAAAUCAGUAGCAUAUUUGAAAGACCUGAGGUUUUUUUAAAGGGUUUCAUAUUUUAAUCUUUACAAAAUACAAAAAAUGUAAUAUCAUUGUGCUGUUUGGUUUGUUUCCGUUGAUAAACGGCAUUUAUUCUUUUAACCACGACUGCUCCCGUUAGUCCAAAGAAGGUGUUUUUUUUAUAUAAGUUUGGAGUUCCCAGUUUUUCUUUUUGAGGGGAGACCCAGUUUGGCAUUACCCAUUGCUUAUUUACACCUUGGCACAGAGCGUCCACCCCUGCGCUGGGCAAGGAGGAGGAGGGGCGCAGAGGCUAAUUCUGACGCACUCACCUGUGGAGGCGGUGGCCUGGCGGCAGGGUCAGUUCCUCCUUGGAACGUGGCAUGUUCUUCCCCGAUGUCACUGCAAAUCCGCAGGAGUUGCUGAUUUGCCGAGAGCAGAGAGAAGUCCCAGCUUUGCUGCCUUGCUUGAACCGCUGCACGACGGUCUACUGACGUGACCCAGAAUUACAGAUUUCUCAGUCAUUGAGCUUGGACUGCACUCUUGGGAGCCUUCCAUAGGCGUCUUUGCUAGCUGGGCAUCUGUGGAAGGUGUCCAUUCAGCUUGGUGCUGAUACUCAGCCCUGCUGUCCACACCAUAUCUUCAUCUCCCCCAGGCCGCUAGGAGGCAAAGCUGCAGUGACUGGAACAAUAGGUGACUUUACUAAACAAGGUAGUGCAUAAGGUGCAAAACCGAGUUCAUCCGAAAGUCUUAAAGAGGAGUGAAUCGCCCUUUCUGUCUCCUGCAGACAUGAACUUGCCUGCUUGUAGUUUUCCCAUUGAAGGAUGUUGUUGCAUAUUCAUUUCAGGAAGAUGUUUUCUUUCAGGAGUAAAAACAAAUUGAAGUUUUUGUUCCUGCAGAAAAAGUCUUUUUCUGUGUCACAAUUGAGUUCAACACAAGUUAAAAGCACUAGUCGCAAAGCAGAAAUGAGCCGGGGGGAAAAAGCUACUGAAGAGGCCCAUCAUGGUCUGUUUGGGAGUGUAACAGCAGUCAUUGACAUUGGUUGAGUUAUUUUCUGAGCCCCCCACCCUUUCAUUACAGACUUGAAAUCACUUGCAAACAUGAGCUUUUCCUUCAGUCUCAGAUGUACCGUCUAUAAAAGUUCUGUGAGCUUCAGAAUUGUGCAUUCUCCUCUUCGAGGAGUGAAGUUGAAUGGAAGAUGGUUUUCUUUCAGUUCUCAGUGAUAAAAAAUAGUGGUCCUUCUUGUACACCAAAACCUUUCAAAAUAGCAGUCCUUGUUCUUUGCAUUUUUAAAUGAAUGCAAAUGAAGAUUGCAUAAAGAAGGGAACACCUCCUUUUCAUCAGGGCAGUGAUGAGACUGUUCUGUGGGCGUGGUCAUGCAAUGGAUCACUUCUGAACCAUCUGGUUGUUUUUAGGCUCGCAGUUUUUGGUCCUUUUGAAGUAACGUUUUAAGAUUGUAUUAAUCUCUCAGGAACUCUGGGCACAAGUCCAUCAGCUCCUUCCCAGCAGGGGAAGGGGGAUUUUUUAAAGGGAAAUAAGGAUAGGGGAGGAGAAUAAACUCUUUACAGUUCCUGUGUUCUGCGGUAAUGAAAAGGUUUCCCUGCUGGGAACUUAAUGAUUGAACAGCGCCCUUGGUGGCGAUAGGUUUGAAAUUUCAGUCACGGCUGAGCUGUCUCGUCUCUAGCUUGAUGCUUUUCUGUCUCAGGGGCUUGAGAAGGAGUGACCAGAAAGGGCUUUGAUGUAAGGGUUUUCAAUAAUGUGUUGACAUGCUUUAAAAUGUGUAUAAAUACUGGGCCUGUGGACAAUGGAGAGCACUUAGCAUUGAUUGAAAUUGGAAAAAUAUAAUUCUCCAGGUUGCUUAGAAUGAAAACCUGGAUUUUGUUUUGCCUUUAUUCAAAAGCAUUUUAAAUAUUUUGUUUUUCUCUGUAAUAUUUCAUGAGCUUUAACAUAGGCUGCACAAAGUAUUGACUUCUCCCAGGCAUUUUCCUUUUAUAUACCUUUUAUAUACCAUUGUAAGUGUUUUUAAAUGUUUCAAAAGUAAAAAUUGUUUUCAGGUUUGAUACCUGAUGACCAUGGGUGUCAUGUAUCGUAUAUUAUCUUUAACCAAGGAAAACAAUACUUUUUUGCACAAUGUCAAGAGGGUUCUUGUAACCAGUGUGUUUUUAUAUUCUGUUCAAAGAGUUGGCAGCUAACAUUUGUUCUCCAGUGUGUGGGGUCAGCAAUAGUCUGCAUUCAGUGUUUUAUUCGAAUAGGAAAAUGUUCCCAAGGCAAUUUUAAUUAAUCUAAAUUUUCUUUAUUGACCAUCACCUAAAAGCAAUGCAGAGUGUGCUACUGUUGAUGUGUUCCUUUAUAAUGAUGUCUUUUAUAAUGUAUAGAUGUUCUCCUUAGGUUAAGUCCUUUGCUUUCCUUUAUUUUGUAAAUGUACUUAUCUCCACAUGUUAAAUAGUUUUCAGUGCACUGAUAACAUUGUGGACUUUUGGUACGUUUUCAUUCAGCAUAGCCACCAAGCUUAUAUGAAGAAAAAUCUAAUGGCUUUUGAAAUUGAAAAGUGAGUGCAAUUGUAGUUAGGAGUAAUACUGUAUGUGUGAUUAGUCACUGUCGAUUCGAGAUUUCUGUAUUGCUCAUGCACUUUGUAGAUGCUCAUUUUAGGGCACUGUUUUAUUUCACCAAAAGCGAUACACUUAAGCAAGUGGUAAAUACUUGCUGGUUGAACCCAGCUCUUGCGCCCUCAAAAUUAAUGCAUCUUCAAAGCAUGCCUCUUAGAUAGUUACUGAUGUCUGGAUCUUUUUCAAAAUGAAAUUAUUUCCUUGUCCACUGCCUUGCUUCCCAGAAUGGUUUUGGUGACACUUUGGCACUCUGAAGGCUCAUGAGGUUUCCGGCUUAGCCUUUUUUAUUCCUCUGUAAAAACCCUGCCUUGUUUUAGAAUAGAGAUAUUUAUUUAGUGUUUUUUUUUAAUCCCAUGUCAUUUUAAAAGUUAAAAUACAUAAUGUUCAAAGGGAAUCCAAACAAUUGAACUCUACAAAAUCUUUAGCCCCAGAUAAGAUUAAAAGGAAUAGGCAGCUGUUCUGACUUUAUUUUAGUUUGGUUUUCUAGACAGUACUGUCUCUUUCAUGUGAGUUUGCCUGGAGAACAAGGCAUGCUUUGUGUAACCGUAUUUUCAAUAAUAGUUCUUGUUGAUUUCUGUAUAAAAAGGUUUUUCUAUGUACUAUUAAAAAGAAAAAGUAAUGUGUAGUAUGAGGAUAAUAGUUAACCUUUUUUGGAUGAAUAUAGCCCUUUAACAUUUACUAGAAAACUGUAAAAGUGUGAAUCUUUUCAGCUCCUUUCUAUGAAAAAAACCUCAUGCAAGAUGGAAUGCAUAGUCAUUUUUCUUGUAUUUUUUUAAAUAAAUCAUUUUAAAAAUGUGAA